CAGUGCCCGCACCCACACCCAGAACUCCAUGUCUCUGCACAACUCGAGCCAUUUGCCCACUGUUGUCCUCGUUCUUUCGUCGUAUGCCAUCUACGCCGGGCCCCUCAUUCGACGAAAUGCCAACAUGUGCUGACUGUAUUGAGAGUAGCUGACCCUGUGUCAUCAGGCUCCCCCUCUUCAAAUACGACCAUUUCUCGCCGCGUCAAUGAUCACGUUCGCAAAUCCACCCUGAUUCCACCGUCGACCAGCCAACAUGAGCCUGGUGUUGGGCUCCAGCGAGCGUUCGCUCCCUGCGGACGCUGAACAGGUCCUGGAUCCCAUAUCAAGACAAAUCCUGGAGCGCACCCAGUCGCAGUCGCAGAACAGGCUACCCACAGCUACACAAAGCGGUGUGUCCCUCAAGUCCACCUACUCGGAAUCCGGUCCAUCCGAAGAGCUGUCGGCCAGACUCAUUUCCGAUCCGGCCACUCUGCGAAGAGUUGACAGUUCUGCUAGUAGCAAGCUCACAAAAGACAAAAAGUGAGUCGCUCACAUCUUCCUAUGCACUCAGUAAAUUGCCUCGCUUCUCCUGCAUCUGCACCCAGCUGCAGUCGGUAUAUUUUGCGGUCCAAUCACCGACUUCUAUAACAUCCCAUUCCCUUCCGGCAUGGCAGCCAUGCCCAGGCAUAUCAGGCUGACCUAUAUUUCUUCCCAGGAAAGGUGUGUCCUUCCUGAGUCGUAUUAUGGGCUCCAAGAAGCGAGACUCCUUUGAUCUACGUGACAAUGAAUCUGAAAUGUCCGAAAACCGUUCUGGAGGCGUCGAGGCAGAAGUCUUUUCUCAGCCUUUAGGAUUUAUUCCCAAAUUCCCCGCUCCUCCCAAGUAUAUCAAGGUCAAGUCUCAAUACCGCAACACAAAGGAAUUUGAUCGACUGUUUCUCGCCCAGCUUGCCCUUGAUAUUUCCAGACCCAAGAAUCGAAAAAACUCCCUCCAUUCAAUAGAUUCCAAGAUACACAACAUCAAUGACAACCCCGCCACACCGGCGGUGGUGCCACCCAAGUCUACCAUCAAUGCUAUCUGGGCCGUCGAGUUCUCAAGAGAUGGAAGAUAUUUGGCUGCCGCUGGUCAAGACAAGAAAUUGAGGGUGUGGGAAGUCAUCAACACUCCCGCAGAUCGUGAAAUCGAGGAGAAAUUGUCUGAGACAAAUAGUCACGGAGAAAAUGUCAAGCUCAACGCCCCCGUCUUCAAAUCUAAACUCGUCAGAGAGUAUGAUGGUCAUACUGCCAGUAUCUUGGAUUUGAGCUGGAGCAAGAACAACUUUCUCUUGUCGUCUUCCAUGGACAAGACGGUCAGGUUACAUCAUGUCACUCGUGCCGAAUGCUUGUGUGCGUUUAAACACAACGACUUUGUCACGUCGAUCCAAUUCCACCCUCGUGACGAUCGCUUCUUUCUGGCUGGUUCUCUCGACUCAAAGCUGCGCCUAUGGAGCAUACCCGACAAAACCGUCGCAUACUGGGCCCAGGUUCCGGACAUGGUCACUGCGGUCGCGUUCACUCCCGACGGCAAGACCGCCAUUGCCGGCUGCUUGAACGGUCUGUGCAUCUUGUACGACACCGAAGGACUUAAGGCUCAUUCACAGAUUCACGUCCGGUCCGCCCGGGGGAAGAAUGCAAAGGGCAGUAAAAUCACCGGAAUUGAUACCAUCGCCUUACCUCGAGAAAAUGGGCCAGCCGACGUCAAAUUGCUCAUCACCAGUAACGACUCCAGAGUACGCAUGUACAACCUGAAAGAUAGAACGCUGGAGGUCAAGUUUCGGGGCAACGAGAACACCUGUAGCCAAAUCCGGGCAACAUUCAGUGACGAUGGCAAGUAUGUCAUAUGUGGGAGCGAGGAUCGAAAGGUGUACAUAUGGCCCACGGCUGUUGAUGAACGUCCAGACAAUGACAAGCGACCGAUGGAAGUCUUUGAAGCUCAUUCAGCGAUUGUGACCACCGCCGUCCUGGCGCCGGAGAGCACACGGCGCCUCUUGGCCCAAUCUGGCGAUCCUUUAUUUGAUUUGUGCAACCCGCCGCCAGUGACUCUGCUCAGUCGCGCCGAUUCAGUCAUAUCUUCUCAAGCACCAACCAACAACAGCUUUCAUUCUGAGGACCACCCGACCGAUGCAAAACUCAGGGCCUCGGAAUCCCCCAAACGCGCCCCUGAAACACCCGCUUAUCUGGCUCGCCAUGCGCAUCCAGGAGGACGGAUCAUUGUCACGGCUGAUUAUACGGGUCAAAUCAAGGUGUUCCGUCAGGACUGUGCGUUCCAAAAACGGAAGGCAGAAACUUGGGAGGGCGGGUCAACUUUUUCGAAGAAGAUGUUGGGACGCAGUGGAUCCGUUGCUACCAGAGCCUCUGUUACUUCAUCGUCACAUCGAAACUCUUUGGCUCUUGGGUCCAAAAAUCAAUCUACCGAUCGAAUCUUGACCUGGCGAAACUCUGUUCCAAGCACCACAACUCCUACGACCACUUCUUCGGGAAGUAUGCUAGAGAUUAGCAAGAAUCUAAACGAAGAACGAUCGAGAAGCGCAUCGCCGAAAAAACUCAUCUCGAAACGAUUUUCCAUUCGACGUGCUUCAUCCCCUGAGAAGAACACGUUGCUCAGCCCGGCAUCUGCACAUGUCCAUUCACCUCUCCAUCAGACAUCCAACGGUUCUUCAAAUCCUUCUGUAGCAAUUCAUUCUCCCCUUGGUGAAUCUCCCGGAAGCUUUUAUUCGACCGCACAGGUUGCCUCGCCGGAACGAGAGCAGGAUCAUCUUGCAUUACCAGCCAACAAGGAUCACGGUGAACUAGUUUCGGGCAUUCCUCACAGCGACCCUCUUCUCCUCGUUGGUGACCAGUCUUACAUGGCUUGGGAUACAUCCAAUGUUGCCAUGAUGGCAAGACAUAUCCCGCGGACACCAGGAGUUUUGGGCCCCGACGGGAAUCCACUGUCUCGUGCGACUAGCUAUAUAUCACAACUUUCUAGUGAACUGACAGGGUCCGAGAGAGACCCCGUUUCAGCUGGAGGCAGUCAGAAUGGAGACGAUGAUCGCCAAAGAUUACGAGUUAGGUCCAGCGACCGAAAUCGAAGAAGGAGAAGCAGUGGCGCCAGCGGCAACGAGCUUCAAUGCGCAAAAUGUGGUUCCCGGUCAUUCAAGGCCACCAUGGUCCGGGGAAAGCAAGCAUUCAAAUGUAAAAGUUGUGGGUCCACUGUUUCAUGACUACCGACCGGUUGGAAUCGCUUCUCGAGGUGACGUUUGAGUCGAUUUGGAUUUACGGCUUGCAGACCAUGAAAUUGGAUGCUCCUAUGCCCAUGAUGCCAUGCCAUGCCAUGCACAACUCAUUAUUGACCAGGUCCAGUCUAUUGAUGUUGGACUUGGGACUUGACAUAGAAUAUACCCACUUUGCGAUAUGUAUGACGAGUACUUGUUUAGUAUUUUCCCCAAAAGGGAUCACCCACCACAGGAAGAUCCAAUAUAAUGAAAUAUAAGAUAUGGUUCAGAUGAAGCAUAAACGGAG